AUCUUCCGGUUAACUAACUGCUCGGAGGGGAAUGGCGAAAUCGAGCGCCGACGACGAGGAACUGCGGCGGGCUUGCCAGGCGGCGAUCGAGGAGACAGCGCAUCAGAUCGUGAUGUCAAUUAGGGUGGCCAAGAGCCGCGGGAUCUGGGGUAAAUCUUCCAAAUUGGGGCGCGGCCAUAUGGCGAAGCCUCGUGUUCUCGCCGUUUCAACAAAAACAAAAGGUCAACAGAGUAAAGCUGUUCUUCGUGUGUUAAAAUAUUCCACUGGAGGUGUUCUUGAACCGGCAAAACUUUACAAGCUGAAGCACCUCACAAAAGUUGAAGUUGUAACGAAUGAUCCGACUGGAUGCACUUUUAUGCUGGGGUUUGACAACCUUAGAAGCCAGAGUGUUGCCCCACCUCAGUGGACUAUGCGCAAUGUUGAUGACAGGAAUCGUUUUCUGCAUUGCAUCUUAAACAUCUGCAAGGAUGUGUUGGAUCGCCUUCCUAAAGUUAUUGGUAUAGAUGUUGUUGAGAUGGCUAUUUGGGCUAAGGAACAUACACCUGAGGUUCCCAAACAGCAAGGAAUUCUUCAAGUUGGGUAUGAUCGAUCUGUGGCUGUAGAACGCGACAUGAAAGUUACAGUUGAGAGAGAGCUGGUGUCUCAAGCAGAGGAAGAGGAUAUGGAGGCUCUUUUGGGCACUUAUGUCAUGGGCAUCGGUGAAGCAGAGGCAUUUUCUGAACGGUUGAAGCGGGAGCUUCAAGCACUGGAAGCAGCAAAUGUUCAUUCCAUUUUGGAAAAUGAACCUCUAAUAAAUGAGAUAUUACAGGGGCUUGAAGUAGCCACUGACUAUGUUGAUGAGAUGGAUGAAUGGUUGGGAAUUUUCAAUCUAAAACUUCGGCACAUGAGAGAGGACAUAGAAUCGAUUGAAAUCCGCAAUAACAAGCUGGAAAUGCAGUCAGUGAACAAUGAAACAUUGAUUGAGGAACUCGAAAAGCUUCUUGAAAGAUUACGAAUUCCAUCUGAGUAUGCAGCCUGUCUUACUGGGGGUUCAUUUGAUGAGGCUCGCAUGCUUCAGAACAUAGAAGCAUGCGAGUGGCUGACAAAUGCUUUACGAAAUCUUGAGGUUCCCAAGUUGGACCAAUGCUAUGCAAGCAUGAAAUCUGUUAAAGAGAAGAAGGCGGAACUUGAAAAGUUGAGAAACACUUUUGUCAGACGAGCAUCUGAGUUUCUAAGGAACUACUUUGCUAGUUUGGUUGAUUUCAUGAUAAGUGAUAAGAGCUAUUUCUCACAGCGUGGACAACUGAAGAGACCAGAUCAUGCUGACUUGCGGUACAAGUGCAGGACCUAUGCUCGACUUCUGCAACACUUGAAGAGUCUAGAUCCAAACUGCUUGGGCCCUUUAAGAAAAGCUUACUGCAGCUCUCUGAAUUUACUUCUACGUCGGGAGGCUCGUGAGUUUGCCAACGAACUUCGUGCUAGCACUAAAGCUUCAAGGAAUCCAACCGUAUGGCUUGAUGGUUCAAUGGGCUCUAGUCAAAGUGCAAGCAGUGCAGAUACUUCUACUGUUUCCGAGGCUUAUGCAAAAAUGCUUACCAUUUUUAUCCCGCUCCUUGUUGAUGAGAGCUCUUUCUUUGCACAUUUCAUGUGCUUUGAAGUUCCGGCUCUUGUUCCACCAGGAGGAGCCACUGCCAAAGGCGGCAAAGCCAUACCCAAUGAUGAUAAUGACGACGAUGAUUUAGGCAUCUUGGAUAUUGAUGACAACGAGAAACCUGGUAAAAAGUCUGCAGAUCUGCAGGCACUUAAUGAAUCACUUCGUGAUCUACUUGAUGGAAUACAGGAGGAUUUCUAUGCUGUAGUGGAUUGGGCCUACAAGAUCGAUCCUUUGCGUUGUAUAUCUAUGCAUGGGAUUACUGAGCGAUAUAUUUCUGGUCAAAAAGCUGACGCUGCAGGAUUUGUUCGUAUAUUGCUCGAUGACCUUGAAAACAGGAUUUCUACGCAGUUCAAUCGAUUUGUAGAUGAAGCUUGCCACCAAAUUGAAAAGAAUGAACGUAAUGUUCGACAGGUGGGAGUCUUGUCUUAUAUUCCCAGAUUUGCCACACUUGCAACCCGAAUGGAGCAGUAUAUUCAGGGGCAAUCGAGGGAUCUGGUCGAUCAGGCUUACACGAAGUUUGUUACUGUAAUGUUUGCGACGCUGGACAAAAUUGCACAGGCCGACUCAAAAUAUGCGGACAUUCUACUUUUAGAAAACUAUGCAGCCUUUCAGAACAGUCUGUACGACCUGGCCAAUGUGGUGCCGACUCUGGCAAAGUUCUAUCACCAAGCAAGUGAAUCAUAUGAACAAGCUUGCACACGGUUUAUAAGCACAAUUAUAUAUCAUCAAUUCGAACGGCUCUUCCAAUUUGCUCGCAGAAUUGAGGAUUUAAUGUACACGAUUACCCCAGAAGAGAUCCCAUUUCAGCUAGGAUUGUCGAAAAUGGAUCUCCGGAAGGUCAUAAAAUCAAGUCUAUCUGGGGUGGACAAGUCUAUCAGCGCAAUGUAUAAGAGACUGCAGAAGAACUUGAACUCGGAGGAACUAUUGCCGUCCCUAUGGGACAAGUGCAAGAAGGAGUUCCUGGACAAGUACGAGAGCUUCGCCCAACUGGUCGCGAAGAUAUACCCGACGGAAAACAUCCCGCCGGUGUCGGAAAUGAAGGAUUUGUUGGCUUCUUUCUAGAGGAGGAACGAGUGAGCUUAGAUUCUGUCGAUAUGUUUGUCUUGUUGUUACCAUUCAUUUAUUUACACAUUAUUACAUCGUCUGCUAUCUUAUAUCUACGGCUUUGUAUGUAUUGUUCUAUAGAUAGUUCCUACAAAAUCUCCCUCCCAAUCAUAAUAUAAUAAAUAGAUAAAUAAAUAAA